AUGGAGAUGUGUAGGGCUCUCAGAGAAGUACCAAUUAAAAUGUAUUACCCCACGGAAAAGAUGCGGAUGGCAGAAGCUGGCAAAAGAAAGAAAGAAAGAAAGAAAGAAAGAAAGAAAGAAAGAAAGACUAUUGAAAGAAAGAAAGAAAGAAAGAAAGAAAGAAAGAAAGAAAGAAAAGAAAGAAAGAAAGAAAGAAAGAAAGAAAGAAAGAAAGAAAGACUGAUGAAAGAAAGAAAGAAAGAAAGAAAGAAAGAAAGAAAGAAAGAAAGAAAGAAAGAUCAUGGAAAGAAAGAAAGAAAGAAAGAAAGAAAGAAAGAAAGAAAGAAAGAAAGAAAGAGGCUUGAAAGAAAGAAAGAAAGAAAGAAAGAAAGAAAGAAAGAAAGAAAGAAAGAAAGAUGCUAG